UCACCCAUCGGAUCAGCAGCAGGGGUCUCUUCUGACAGCGAGGGAACUACUUCCCAGAUGGGUCGACCGCCAUACAUAGCAUCAGACUCAUCCAUGUCAAAAGAAAGACCAACUGCCCUCGCCGAAGCUGACCCUCAAAACGACAUCCUUGAUGUUGCUGAUCCCGAAAUCGAAGGUGCCCCAGAGAUUCUGGCUGCAGUGGCUCUAGAAGCAGCCGCCCAACCUGCAGCCGCCCAGCCAGCAGCGGCACUUCCUCUAGCAAUCGAGUGGCAGGCAGAAGAACCACCUGUGGCAGCCCAACCUCCAGAAAUGGAAGAAGUGUCUUCAUCCGAUUCGGAGACUUCUGUGAAUUUGGGACCCAGGUCGGCACCUCAGCGACCAUUUGCAGCAGCCGACGAGUCGGCUGCUGUUAUACCAGCUGUCCGCCCUACUCGACCGACCUCAUUGCUGCCCCCCUCACUGACAGCAGUCCGCCCAGAGGGGCCUUCAGACUUAGCUGUCCUAUCGACUGUUCCGGUUCCGGCGGAGGCCCGAACCAUAUUCACUGAGGCCAUUAACCAUCCCCUGUCAGAAUUGAGAUCCGACUUAUUGGACAAACUCAUUCAGACGGUUGGUGGCCUUCUAUUUUACACUCCAACGGAAUCGCCAGCCGUCCCUAUUCUGCAUCGGCUGAUGGAAAGACUUACAGAGCUCAAGACUGAAGUGUUAGUCAUUGGACUCCUGUCAGCCGAAACCCCCCAGCCCGACUUCGAUCAAACAACGCUGGAGAAUUCUUUGGCUAAGACUCGAGAAUCUCUUCAGCAGACUACCGGAAGGCUGGGUGGUCUCCUUAGCACAAAAGCUCUAGUUGAUGAUGCCAUUCAGAAAAAGGAGGCAGAAUUGCGGGAGCUGAGGAAAGAACAGUCUACCCUGGAUAAGCAAAUUAUCAAUGAACAGCGUCUGCUUGAGAAGUAUACCAAAAAUGAGGCUGAAUUGGAUCAAGAGCUGAAAACCCAAGCCCGAUCCCAAUUCAUCAUAAGAUAUCAGACGGCUGCCAAUACCAGAAGGCUAUCCAGGGAUGAAAUCAAAUGGACCCAUAUAAAAACUGCCCUAGGGGCAUUGUUGUAAUACUUUCCCCUUUGUAACAAUACUUGACUUAGUAAUCCAUUUUUUUCUUUCUUCUCAAAACAAGGAUCACCUUUCAAUUCCCAACUUUGUAGGAAUCGAAACAAACUCCUUCUUUAAAAGAAUAUUGU